AUGAACACACUGUCGGAAGCCAAUGGCACCUUUGCCAUCCAACUUUUAAAGCAUCUGGGUCAGAAGGACCCAGUGCAUAAUGUCUUUCUCUCUCCUGUGAGCAUCUCCUCAGCCUUGGGCAUGGUCCUGCUGGGGGCCAAGGGCAACACAGCAUCCCAGAUAGUACAGGCACUGGCAUUAAACGCUGAGGAGGACAUUCACGGUGGCUUCCAGUCGCUUCUCGCCCAAGUGCACAGGACUGGCGCUCCGUAUUCCCUCAUCAUAGCCAACAGGCUCUUUGGAGAAGAGAGCUGCCAGUUCCUCUCAUCAUUUCGGGAAUCCUGUCAGAACUUCUACCAAGCCGAGCUGGAGCGGCUGCCUUUUGCCAAAGAUUCAUUGAUCUGCAAGAGACACAUCAAUGCCUGGGUGUCCAGAAAGACUGAAGGCAAAGUUCAAAAGAUGUUGACCGAUGUUUCAAUUGAUGAGUUAUGCAGGCUGUUUCUCAUUAAUGCUGUCUACUUCAAAGGAAGGUGGAAAGAACAGUUCAAGAAGUCAAGCACCAGCGAAAUGACUUUCAAAAUAAACCAGGAGAAGCGGAGGCCUGUGCAGAUGAUGUUCCAGGAAGGCAUGUUUCCUUGGGCUCACGUGAGUGAGGUGGGGGCCCAGGUGCUGGAGCUGCCCUACGAGGGCCAGGAGCUGAGCAUGAUCCUGUUGCUUCCGGACAAAGGCGUGGACCUCAGCAUGGUGGAAAAAGCCCUCACUUUUGAGAAAUUCCAAGCCUGGAGCAGUUCUGAGCACAUGAAGAGUACCCAGGUGGAAGUUUCCCUUCCGAGAUUUAAACUGCAAGAGGAAUUCGACCUGGUCUCUGUGCUGCAGGCUCUCGGCGUAGUGGAUGCCUUUCGUCCGGAUAAGGCUGACCUGUCUGGCAUAUUGCCUGACAGUGGCCUGUGUCUGACCAGGGUCGUACACAAGAGUAUGGUGGAGGUCAACGAAGAAGGCACGGAGGCUGCGGCAGCAUUAGCUUGUAAGACUGUAUGUUUUUAUGGAGUGCGUGGGCCAGUGUUCUGCGCUGACCGCCCCUUCCUGUUCUUUAUCAGGCACAACAGGACCAACAUCCUGCUGUUCUGUGGCAAGUUCUCAUCUCCAUGA